AUGUCGUUGAUUGAAGACAAGUUGAAGGAGGUAGAAAAGGCCACUGCUAAAUUGCAGAAGUUGAAGGAUGAAUUGAAGGAGUUGCAAGAUGCUGCUGAAGAAAAGAAGAAGAGCGAAGAAAAGAAGAAAAACAAGAAGACAAAGGAGAAAUCUGAUAGUGAAAGUAGUGACUCUGAUUCUUCUAGCAAUUCCGACUCUUCUAGUGAUUCUGAUUCUUCUAGUGACUCUGAAUCUUCUAGUGAUUCUGAUUCUUCUAGUGAUUCUGAUUCUUCUAGUGAUUCUGAUUCUUCUAGUGAUUCUGAUUCUUCUAGUGAUUCUGAUUCUUCAAGUGAUUCUGAUUCUUCUAGUGAUUCUGAUUCUUCAAGUGAUUCCGAUUCUGAUAGCGACUCUGAUUCCUCAAGUGACAGUGAUUCCUCAAGUGACAGUGAUUCUUCAAGUGACAGCGAUUCCUCAAGUGAUUCUGAUUCCUCCAGUGAUUCUGACUCCUCCAGUGAUUCUGACUCCUCCAGUGAUAGCGACAGCAGUGACAGUGAAGACGAUUCAAACAACAAGAGAAAAUCCUCAGACUCAGACUCAGAUUCUGAUUCUGACUCUGACUCGUUGUCAUCAUCUUCUUCCUCUGAUGAUGAUGAACCUGUUAAAAAGAAGGCCAAAACUAAUAGCUUUGAAGAGUCUGACAACUCCACCACCCCACCACUUUCUGAUUCAUCCUCCACUGCCACUUUGAAAAAGGACCACAUUUCUGCAGGUGAGGACUUAUUACUCCCUGGUCAAAGAAAGCAUUUCUCUCGUAUCGACCGUAGUAAAGUUUCUUUUGAAAACACUGCGUUGACAGAUAACACUUACAAAGGUGCCGCCGGUACUUGGGGUGAGUUAGCCAAUGAUAAAUUGGGCCGUGUUAGAGGUAAAGAUUUCACUAAAAACAAAAACAAGAUGAAAAGAGGUAGUUACAGAGGAGGUACCAUCACCAUGGCUAGUGGGAGUUACAAGUUUACUGAUUAA